UUAUAAAAACACUAAUAUUUUGGCUCGAGAUCAUCAAUGGAGGUCCAAUCCGUACAAUUAUUCUUUUUUAUCGCUUUCAUCUUGGUUCAAUCAUACUGCAUUGCACUAGACACCAUAUCUGCAAAUCAUGAAAUCCGAGAUGGCAAUUCCCUUGUUUCUGAAGGUGGAAUGUUUGAAUUGGGCUUUUUUAGUCCCGGGAAGUCCAAGAAUCGUUAUGUGGGUAUAUGGUUCAAGAAGAUAUCAUAUGGUACUGUUGUAUGGGUUGCUAACAGGAAUACACCAAUUGCAGAUAAGUCAGGCAUGCUCAAACUUAACAGACUGGGAAACCUGGUGAUUGUCAGUGGCGGCAACCCGAUGGUCUGGUCAUCCAAUUCAACGGUAUUUGUUCAUGGUAAUAAUUCGGUAGUGGUGGCGCAGCUUUUAAGUAAUGGAAAUCUUGUUGUAUGGCAUACAAAUAAAAUUAUUUGGCAAAGUUUCGACUAUCCAGGUGACACAUAUAUAGCAGGAAUGAAAUUCGGGAAGGAUUUAGUGACAGGGCUGCUGCGGUUCAUGUCAUCUUGGAAGAGUCCUGAUGAUCCUUCUGUAGGUGAGUAUAGUGAUAAAUUAGACGCAACCGGAUUUCCACAAACUUACGGACGGAAGGGUGAUGUUAUAACAAGAAGACUUGGACCGUGGAAUGGUCUUGGCUUUAGUGGCUUUCCUGAUGAAAAAGGAAAUCCGAUUUACUCCACAGAUUUUUCCCUUAAUGAGAAGGAAAUCUAUUAUAAAUUUGAACUUCAAAGUUCAGUUGUUCAAAGGAUAGUUUUGACAUGGGAUGGCAAGACACAGAUUUUGCAGUGGAUUGAGCGAAUAAAAGAUUGGAUUGUGUAUGCAGAAACUUUCGUUGAUACUUGUGAUCGUUUUUCACUAUGUGGUCCUAAUGGGAUAUGUAGCAUUAACAAGCAUCCACCUUGUACAUGUAUGAAAGGUUUUGAACCAAAAAAUCUAGAAGAAUGGCAGGCAUCUGACUGGGUAAGUGGGUGUACACGCAAAACGCCUUUAAAUUGUGGGAAUGGUGAUGGGUUCUGGAAAGUUGCAGGAGUUAAGGUACCAGAUACUGGAAGGUCGUGGUAUAAUGUGAGCAUGACCCUUGACGAAUGUGAGAUGGCCUGCAAAAAGAACUGCUCUUGUACAGGUUAUGCAAGUGUAGAUAUCAGAAAUGGAGGAAGUGGAUGUUUGCUCUGGUUUCAUGAUCUUUUGGACACCAGAGAGUAUGAUUCAGAUCAAGAUAUUUACAUAAGAAUCGACGCCACUGAGUUAGAAGGACUUAUGGACUCCCAGUACAAUUUCAACAUACGGAAAAGUAUUAUUAUAGCGUUGCUUUUAACUUCAACGGCUUUGUCACUUAUCUUCGUAGUGGCAUAUGCCUGUAGAAAAAUAAAUCAAUGGCGCCACAAAGGACGAGGAAACAGGUAUCUACUUGAUAAAAAGAAUAGAAGGGUUGAGAUAGAUCAUCUUGACGAUUUACAAUUUUUCAGCCUAUUUGAAGUAGCCAGGGCAACAGAUAACUUCAGUGUCUCAAAUAAGAUUGGAGAAGGCGGCUUUGGUCCUGUUUACAAGGGUGUGUUGGAUGAUCGAAGAGAAAUAGCCGUGAAGCGGCUCUCAGAAUCAUCUCAACAAGGGCUUGAUGAGUUCAAGAAUGAAGUCAUUUGUAUUGCAAAGCUACAACACCGGAAUCUUGUGAAGCUUCUUGGAUAUUGCAUUUAUAAAAAAGAAUUGAUUUUGAUUUAUGAAUACAUGCCUAACAAAAGCUUGGACUUUUUUCUCUUUGAUGAAACCAGAAGUUUGAUGCUUGACUGGUCCCAACGAUUUAAUAUAAUACAUGGGAUGGCUCGAGGUAUUCUCUAUCUACAUCAAGAUUCCCGCCUUCAAAUAAUCCACAGAGAUUUAAAGGCCGGUAACAUAUUGUUAGACUAUGACAUGAAUCCAAAAAUAUCCGACUUUGGCCUUGCUAGAAACUUUGUAGGACACGAUACCACUGCGAAGACAAAGAAAGUGGUAGGAACAUAUGGUUACAUUUCUCCAGAGUACGCAGUACAUGGUCGUUUCUCUAUAAAAUCAGAUGUAUUUAGUUUUGGUGUUCUAGUGUUGGAGAUAAUAAGCGGUAAGAAAAACAGAGAAUUCACUCAUGGAGACCACAACGAUAACCUUCUUGGUCAUGCAUGGAGACUCUUUAAAGAAGGGAGGUCCACUGAAUUGAUGAGUGGAUCUUUACAGGCUUCAUGUGUGGUCUCUGAAGUGCUAAGAUCAAUACAUGUAGCACUGCUAUGCGUGCAGCAUCAUGCAGAAGAUAGACCAACAAUGUUGUCGGUGGUUCUGAUGCUGGUUAGUGAGGGUGUGUUGCCUCAACCUAAGCAACCUGCUUUUUUCACAGGAGAGAUCCAAAUCGAAGUCAAAUCUGUGUCAUCGGCUGAUGAUUACAUGAUAACACAACCGUAUGCUCGUUAGCAAGCACUUAUUUAUGUGACGAAGAUGUUCCAAUACCUUUAAUUAAGUCUUUAUUUUCUUCUUGAUA